UACGCUGAAUUGUGAAUCCAAACAGCUGGAGAAGCAGCAGAUAGACAGUGACUGAGAAGCAGGAGGGAGGGGGGAGAGAUCUAGAGUGAGUGAGCAGAGAGAGAGAGAGAGAGAGAGAUGAAAAGCAUGCCAAGCGCGAGCGAGCCGCUCACACUGAAGCAGGCAGAGGCAACAGCUACAGCAACAGCACGCUCCUUCCCCGUCCUCCCUCUCCUGUCUUCUAAUCCCACAUCCACGCCGGGGGGAGAUGGAGGGCAACCUGACCCGCUGAGGAGCACCAUCUUCAGGAGAGGGGAAAUCUCAGCAGCCCCCCUCCUGUGAAUGCCUGGAUCAUAUUUUACGGGGACAAUAAACAAAAAAGAGUGAAAGGAGGUGUGUACCCACGAGCCUGUUGGCAGGAGGGAGGGAGGGCGAAGAGGAGAAGAGGAGGGGGAUGAGUGGCAGGUUUGGCUUAGCAGCUGAUGCCCAGGUCUGAGAGAGAGACGGAGACAGACUGAGGGCGAGCUGAGGCGCGGAGGGUUGGCACGUGUGGAGCGGUGUGCAACUUGUUGGCCAAGAGGAAAGGAAAAAUCAAAUACGCACACAACUGGGCAGAUGAGGAGGCAUCAGGGAGCACGCUUUAGUCCUGGGUGCACGGUGCACUGACCCUGCCUGCGACAGGCGAGGAGUCAGAGGACCAGGGCCAUGAUUGGCUCUCCUGGCCCUGGUGGGCGUGCCUUAGUGCCAUGGCUGAGGAUGUGGAGAUGGGUCCUGGGUGCUUCUCUGGUGGCCAUGAUUACCUUGACGCUACCAGGAAGUAGCCAGGCCUGUCCCCCGAGGUGCGAGUGCUCGGCUCAGCUGAGGUCAGUGUCGUGUCAGCGGAGGAGGCUCACAAACAUCCCAGAGGGCAUUCCCACCGAGACACAGCUUCUGGACCUCAGCAAGAACCGGCUCCGCUGGGUGCAAGCAGGCGACCUGGCACCGUACCCACGCCUGGAGGAGGUGGACCUCAGCGAGAACCUCAUCGCCACAUUAGAGCCCAAUGCCUUUGCCACCCUUCAGAGUCUUAAAGUGCUGAAGUUAAGGGGGAACCAACUGAAGUUAGUGCCCAUGGGGGCCUUCGCCAAGCUUGGCAACCUGACCAGCCUGGACCUCAGUGAGAACAAGAUGGUGAUUUUAUUAGACUACACCUUCCAGGAUCUGAAGAGUCUGAAACAUCUGGAGGUGGGAGACAACGACCUGGUUUACAUAUCCCACAAGGCUUUCUCUGGGCUGCUGGGACUUGAAGAUCUAACAAUAGAGCGGUGCAAUCUGACAUCGAUCUCAGGUCAGACGCUGUCUUAUCUCCGCAGCCUGGUCACUCUACGCCUCCGUCACCUCAGCAUCACCGCCCUGGAGGACCAAAACUUCCGCAAACUCUCCAACCUGCGGGGUCUGGAGAUCGAUCAUUGGCCGUACCUAGAGUACAUCUCCCCCUUUAGUUUCCAGGGCCUUGACCUCCACUGGCUCUCGAUCACCAAUACCAACAUCACCUCCGUCCCCUCCGCUUCCUUCAAAAACAUGGUGCACCUCACCCACCUCAACCUGUCCUAUAAUCCCAUCACCACACUAGAGCCGUGGGCCUUCAAGGACCUGCUGAGGCUGAAGGAGCUCAUCAUGGUGAACACGGGGUUAGUGUCUGUGGAGCUCCAUGCCCUCGGAGGCCUCAGACAGAUCCGGGUCCUCAACUUUUCCUCCAAUGACCUGCAGACUCUUGAAGAGGGAUCCUUCCACUCUGUCAACAGUCUGGAGACCCUCAGAGUGGAUGGGAACCCCCUGAUGUGUGACUGCCGUCUGUUGUGGAUCCUGCAGAGACGCAAGACCCUCAACUUUGACGGCAGAGUGCCGGUGUGUGCAGGGCCGGUGGAGGUGCAGGGGGUCAGCCUCAGCGCCUUCACUGAUUCUGCACUCUUCGAUCACUUUACAUGCCAGAAACCUAAGAUACGGAACCGCAAGCUGCAGCAGGUCAUUGCUCGAGAGGGCCAGCCAGUGAAUUUUCUGUGUCGAGCUGAAGGAGAGCCAGCUCCUGCUAUUGUCUGGAUUUCCCCACAACGCAGGCGGAUCACAGCUAAGAGUUCAGGGCGCAUAACCGUUCUCCCUAGUGGCACCCUGGAGAUCCGCUACGCUCAGCUUACAGACAGCGGGACGUACAUCUGCAUCGCCAGUAAUGCUGGAGGUAAUGACACCUACUUCGCCACACUCACAGUGCGGGGCCAACCUCUAGAUCCCGCCUCAGCCUUCUUUCUCAACCGCUCUUUGUACAGUGGCGAGUUCUUCAAUGACACAAAUAUGAACAGCACGCGAGUUUUCCUCAAGUUCACCUUGGACCUGACCACUAUCUUGGUCUCCACGGCAAUGGGUUGCAUCACCUUCCUGGGGGUGGUCCUCUUCUGUUUCCUGCUGUUGUUCGUGUGGAGCCGAGGGCGUGGCCAACGCAAGAACAACUUCACAGUGGAGUACUCUUUCCGGAAAUCUGAACCCGCCACUGGCAGCUCCUCUGGAGGGACCAGGAAGUUCAACAUGAAGAUGAUAUGAAACAACGCAGCCAGGGGUCCCUCGGGGGAGGCAUGAGCACGUCCCAAAAACGUGUUUGACACACGCAAACGCACACAGCCACAGACUCGCAAAGAAGUUAAAAAGUAUAACAUCACAUCCUGUAUUUGGCUCAAAAUUUUGGCUCCCACGUCAAAAGUGAGGCCAUAACAGAUUUGGUUUGAUUUGUGGAUGUUAACAAAAAUAAGUACAAUUUCUGCCUUCAGCUUGUGGUGAAAGGUAGGUUUUCAGGCUACUAUAGCUCUGAAAGAAAUUUUGUUGUGCUUUCUACAAAUGAAAGAACUAAAAGUUUAUGGAAAUUGGCAUGAUUAAUCUGUUAAAUAUAUCAGUAGUCAUGUAUCUCUGAGAAUGAAAAAGAUUUCUUUUUCAUGUGAAUUUCUAUUUAACUGAAUCCUUGAAACAUGUACUGUAGAGAGACCUGACUACCAUCCAUUUAAGGAUUGUAGCUGUGCUCUACAAAUAGAAGGAUGCAUGAAAUACAACUAAGAGUUGAGUUGUAAAUUUAUUCCACUCAAUAAAUGAAAUUGUUCUGAAAGAGUUUGAUGUGUUUCUAAAGAAGGUCUGACCACGGCUGAACAUUGAGCAUGCUUCUAAAACUGUAUAGAUGUCAAACAUUAACUGAAAAGCAAUAACUGAUUUGGAAAAUUCACAUGAGAAACAAAAAGAAACUCAAUUCGACCUUUUCUUCUUUGUGAGAUGUCGCAACAACAUUAGCUGUGUGAGUUUGGGACGAGCGCACAGGCCAAGAGCUGCUGUGGUUGCCCGUGGGCCGGAGGGUUUGGUUAGGAAGUCAAACCCUUCGAACACGGGCUGCCACAGUAACCAUAGCAACCAGCACAAGGGAGAGCAAGGGUAACAAGGCGGUAGGCCACAGGAGGGUUGCCGGGUAGGAGGGACUAGAGUGGGUGGUCAGUGUGACCUCUCCUUCCUCUCUCAACAUCAGAAGCCCUGUUCUUUCAUCUGCAGGACAGGGUCGACCUGCCAGCCUCCACCCUCCGUCCGUGCCCUCUCAUGUGUUGGUGGAUGCCUGACCUUCCCAGUGCUGCCAGGGGGGAGCAGCCUGGAGGGUUGGGUCAAACUCAGAGGCAGACAGAGGACACAGUUAAAACGCACACAUCAUCUUAGCAGCGGAAAACACACAAAAACACAAGGAAGGCACCUUACAUCCACACUGACUGCAGCCACACAUGUCUGUUAAAUUAUGACAUUCCAGCAAUACUAAAUGUAGAGCCAUAAAGCUGAUAUUCCUUCUCUAAUAGAGAACUGAUGUAAAUGUCUGAGUGAACAAAUGAAGCCAUAGUAUGUAUCUGUUGUUUUUUAUACAGUAGCGUGUGCAUGACUCUGUUAUAUAAUAGCAAUUAUUCCUACUGCCAUCUUACAAGCUGUCGUGAUGAUCAAAAGACCAUCUGCUGUCACUGUGCUUGCAUUAAGUUGCACCCAAAACACACACACGCACACACAGGUAAAACCACACCAGUGUUAUUAGGACUGAUAGAAGCACCAAACGCAGUUACACAUGAAUGAACAUACAAAUUGAUGAAGCGCCAUGACAUCAAUGCUCUCUCUCUGUCUCUGAAAACGGUCGGUGUGCGAAUGUCUCUGCCCCCCUAGCCCAGUGCAUCCCCCCCUCCUCAGCCCCACCUCCCCCACACACACCUACCCCCACUGGGUCCUCCUUUGGGAGGGGUCCCUGGCUGGAGAUCGAGGAAUCAAAUGUAAAUGAAAUCGUGUUAACCCUACCCACGCCAUGUGCAUCGUAUAGUGGAGAGUAGUACUGUGGUUUAAAAAAAGAAACAAAAACAACAAAAGUACUUAUGUUGAAGUGUUAUGUUGACUCUUGUUUGUCCUCCAUUUUAAUUUCCUCAGUUGUUGUUGUUUGUGACCUUUCGACAGUUUACCGUUUUAAAUUUCUUCGUCCUCCAUGUUGGACCGUUCUGUUCUCAACACCUAAGAACAUUUCCAAACAUCAGACAGCAGGUGAGCCUCUAUGAUAUCACCGUGCAUGUUAACUAAAACCAGGCAGAGCAAUGUUUUGACCAAGUAGCAAGGCAUCGUCUCAAGCAGUGGUUUCAUAUUUUGUAUUCAAAAUUUAACAUUUUCAUAACAAUGCUCCAUAGUGUUGCCUCUUUGCUUUACUAACAGCCUGGUUUACAUUACAUAGCAUUGUAUUUAUCCUUGAGUUCAACCUGGCAUCAACACACAAACCAAUUUCUACAUAAAUAUAAUUUUACUGCAUCCAAAAAAACCUAAAAAAAUUAGAGCUGAACAACACUGAAAAACAAACAUAAUAUAUUUUUCAGAAUGUGGUAAUAUAAAAAAAUACUGGAAAUUAUUCAAAAUAAAUACACUGGAGCUCCAAUAAGCUAAUUUGCAUCUUACAAUCAUAUAUUAAUAUUUUUGACUAUACAUCUAUUUUUACUUUAGGUCUAUAUUAUAUGAGGAAAAAUGGAAUGUCCAGUACUUUAUUGGUAUUAUGAUAAUAACAUGAAGUCUGAUCAAUUAUUAAUGAUAACAAUACAUUUUAUUCAUAAAGAACUCUCAUUUAAAGGUGCUGUACCUAGAUUUAGAAAAUAAGAAUAAAAACACUUGCCGGUAAGAACAUUUAAAAAUCUAGAAACAUAUAAAAACAUACUAAAAAUAUUAAAAAGGACCUCAGACAAACAGACAAACAAUUUUAGAUUUAAAUACAACUGUAAAAAAGUUGGUUUUCAGCCUUUCUUUAAAUACAUCAAUGGAAGAUGUCAGCAGGUAGACUGUUCCACAGUGCUGGUGCAUGGACAGAAAAAGCCCACUCACCAACUGUCUUUUUACUGACCUUUGGGACACAUAAAAGCCCAGUCCCCUGGGAGUGAAAACAUGUGUAUCUGAUAAGUAUGAUGGUGUAAUGCCAUUCACUAUUCCAUAAGUUUUAUAAGCAGCACCUUAAAGUCUGCUCUAAACUGAACGGGAAUAAAUGAAGAGAGCCGAGCACUGAAGUAAUGUGCUCAAAUGUACUCAGUCUGGUCAGAACACGAGCAGCAGCACUCUGUACAAUCUGCAGACCUCCAUUGAUAAUAAACAAUCUAAAUAGCUCUAGCUUAGGUUUCUCUUGGAUCUCAUAUGAGUCAAGCUAUUAUUAUGGAAUGCAGUGCUAAUUGGUAGCUCUGUAGUAUUAGCCAAUGCAAUAUAAUAAUAGAGCUGAAUUCAAUCACCAUCAUCAAUAAACUCCAACAGUCAAAGACUGACUGACUACAUUUGAUACUCAGCAACCCCAGCUGUCAAUAUCACCCAAUACUAUCAAUACUUAGCCCUAAAAUGAUGCCUACACUGGGUGUCACAGCCAUAUGCAGGGACACUUUUCUGACAAUUACGCAAUGGAAUUAAUUUCUUAAAAAGAAUAGCAGUGCUUUACUCGGCCCAAUUUAGCCAAAUAUGAAACGUACCCAAAACUAUGAUAACAAAUGUUUCCAUCUCUAUUUUAAUGCUAACUCAUAUUGUGCUAUUAAUAUAAUAUUUACCCAAAGGUAUAAGGUAUAUUAAUACCUUAACUAACUGACAAUGUCAGAAUGAUAUUUACAGAAUGACACAUUCACAGGGAGAAGUAUAUUUAAAAUGCCGGAUGAAAAACUCAAUUAAAACACCUUUAGUGAUAUUGGUUUGAAGCAUAGAAAAGUAAAUCUUUUACAUUUCCCCUUAUAUUUGGGGGGGGGGGGUCAUUCCUUCAACUGGUAGUACAGCUGAAGAAAGACAGGAAACACCAAACAUGCCAGGAAUUUAUCCUGUGACCAGUGCGUUGAGGACUACAGUCUCACUUUGUGGGAGCCUGCUCUUCCAACUGAGCAACACCGGCAUCCCUUUAAAACUAUUUUUACUGAGCAUUAGGUCUUGCAUUAUUUUUUUCCUGGUUAAUAUAAACAAAAUAAUUAAAGAUUUUUUCUUUCCCAUUGUCUUGUUAGAAAGCGUAUCAUUAUAUCUUAAAAAUGCUUUAUAUUGCCCAGGCCUAACUGAUGUAUUUCAAUAUUUCUUUAAUUUCUGACCUAUAUGAAAACACACAAACAUGUUACUUGGCAUGCUUUUAUUGAAGUAAAAGUAAGUGUAAGGGUGAAUUUUAAACCAUUUAAACAUAAGCAAAAUAAAUCCUGCAAACCCCAUUUCAUCCUCAUGAGGGGGAUGAUGAAACCACGGCUUGGUGUCAGGAUGAAUAGCUGAACAGCUGUUAAAGAUUCAUGAGUCCGAAUGAGAAUAGAUGUACAAAUUGGCCUGGUUCUCACUCCGCCUCUGAAAGCGUCAGCGGACAUUUGUGUUGAGAACAGGAUGUCACCUCCAUGGACGUCUCUCUCCCUUAGCCAACCCUUUUGUGUUUUCAUUCCCCCGUAUUUCUCAGUAAAACUAGGUUUUAGAAGACAGUGAGAAUGUCCAUAGUGAUUGUCGAUGGUGUUAUUGUGCAAACAUCAAUCACAAAUGUAAGCGUAGAUGAGGGUGUGUUUCAUUUUAUAAUCUUCUUCUCCGUGUCCCCCUCUUUACCCUCCUCUUCCCUUCUCCUUGCUCCCAUUCUUCUUAACAUUUCCAAACCUUGUUGUCCCUGUUCACAGUAUUAGGCUGGAAUAUGGUUGUGUGGUAGUAGACACGUGUUCUGUCUGGUCGGUGAGUCAGUGUCGUCGUGUUAUGAUUUGUCGCUCUUCGUGAUUCCAUCUUAACACGGAGCAGUGACUGGAUCAGUGAAGUCAAAAGAUGAAAGGGGUGACCCAGGUUCCCUCAAAAAAAAAAACAGACAAACAUUGGUUCCCAUUUCACAUCCUACUCAUUCCUGGAGAACAUUUUCUGGAACUUUCUCGCUCUGCACAGUGCCACUCUGGAUAUGAAAACCCAUGGACUGUACUGUAUGUAUUUUAUCACACGAUUUCUCGUCACUUUUUAACUUGCAAAUGUAGAAAGGGUGGGUUGGUGUUCUGCUGUGGUACCAUUACUAUGAGCCUCACUUUCUGCCUACUGUGGAGUCAUUUGACAAGGAUAAGUAUCAGAGCAGUCCAUUCACUGAAAAGAAACAUUUUUUGUUGGUCAGGGUUGAGAAGAAGCGCUUGUAUUAAUUAAAGCCUCAGAAAGCUUUGUAAGCCAGAAGAACUCAUUUGGCCUCAGGCUAAAUGCUCUAACUAAGUUCCCUCCAUUAUUCAAAGGUUUAGGAAAUGAGUGAACAUUUCAGUGGUUCAAACUGUAACUUAGCCAGACAAGUAUUCAGCAGCUCUUUUUGAAGUAAAAAGUGUCAGUACACACAGCUUUGCAGCCAAGCCGUCGCCUCCGUCUGGCAGACUGACUCUCGUAUUUGCAGAUAACCAUUGGAGCUGAGAUUGAUUCAUCUCCUCUGCUGCUGUACUUAAGAAACUAGGCUGAGCAGUUCCCCGCUCCCCCCUCUAGUUUGUCCUUGCCUGGGGUUGGAGUACUGUAGUCUAGACGCCCCAUUUACAACAGCAGCAGCAGCCUCACCAUUAAGAAUAUAUCAUUGGGGAACUCUUCAAAGACGCAAACACACAGUCAUUGCAUCAUAACCAGCCAGGCUUAAGAUCUCCUUUGUUUAGAUCUUGUUGUUUAAAUUUAAGCAGGUUUGUUUGUAUUUUCACAAAGAACAAACAGCUAUGAUCUAACCUUUAAGUCUACAUUUUGGCAAUCGUGUUUUCUCAUCAUAUCUGACUCUGUUAGCUCUAAAUGAAUCCAUCUUCUGCUCCAUAUUCUGCAGCUGCUGUUGUGAUUGGAUUAGACCUGAGUUGAAUUAUCAGUGCCGAGAGGAGCAGUAAUGGGAUGACUGCGGAGUGAGCUCGGCUGAUUGGGUGAUUACGUGGCUUAUUAGUCCCAUUUCCAAAGCAGACCUCUCAGAACAGUCUGCCAUUCAAAUACUGCUUUGUUUAUUCAAGCCUCAAGACUGAAACAUAACCUAUGGCGGUUUCACUAAUUGGACAAAAAUUUUUAUUUUUUAAAACAGUAGUUCAUUAACUGAUGUGCUGUUUUAAUUAGACAUGUAGCAGAGCAGGGCUGAGGGGUUGUUUGAAGCACCUUGAACAGAUAACCGCUACAUCUUAACCUUGACCAGAUGAUUAUAAGUGCCCCCCUUCUCUAUGUGACAAUACUGACCCCUAGUGGUCAAAUUUGGUAACAGCAACAAAUGGGACCAUUCUGCUGAUGCUCUUCAAUGUGAUGGGGAUAAAACAGCUCUGGGUGUUGCACAGUUUAAACCCUGAGGAGAACAUGUAGACUGUUAGCUUCAUGAGUCAGUGUUUCACUGAUUUUCUUAUAGCCAUAGUGUGACCUCCUCUACACUCUGCUUGACUUGGGUUAUCAUGAGAGACCACCAUCUGAUCAAAAGCAACACUUCUGAUGUUUUCUGGGACUCAGCCUGUAGAUUAGACUGACACUUUGAAAUACUGUCAACACCAUUAUUAAAAAAUACAGUAAAAAUCCACGAGAAAACAUCACAGCAUCUGAUCUUUUAAAUUGACUGUAAACUAAUCAGCUGGUUCCUCUCUAGAGAAAACAUGUUCUUUUGAUCUUAGCAGGUUUAAUCUAUGCAUGCCUUUUGUAUACAGUGAUUGGUCUUGCCAAACUCUCACCUACAUUUGUACAGAGAGCUAUGGGUGCCAUUGAUGCUGGCCAUGGGACUGGCUGAAACAAACUCAGUGUUUUUUCCUGAGAUAAGGCAGAGCAAACAAUCGCCUGUACCUGCAUUUCCUAUUGUGAAAAAAGAGUGAGCAUCUUACAAAAGAAGCAUUUGUUUACUUGGGAUGAUUGUACUUUUACACAUAUCUAUCCAGGGGAUCAGCUCGGAUGUAGAUAAAUCAUUGAUAUUCCAAGCAGGAUGGUGGGACUGAUCAAUGCUGUAUGGGGAUAGGAUUAUUAAUGGCAUACUUCCAUUGAUCUGUCUUGAACCUUGUCACUCUCCCACAGUCCCUCUGGAGUAGGAGGAGGCGUACAGAGCUAUAUCAGACCUGGUUGGCACUCAUUCCUAGGUUUCCACAUUACCUUUUAAGACAAUUUCCUCUUUUAAGAACGAGAUGGUGCCAGAUUGUGACAGAUUUUUUUCCAGGUCUGAGCUAAUGUAGCGCUCUCGUACCUCCCCCACUCUUCAGAGGAAGCUUUUGUCAGUAUAGCUCUGUAUUUAUUGGAGCCCUCUAAUGGAAAAUACUCAAAUAUAUGUCUAAAAUUUGGCUUGGGUAUACUUAUUCUCUCUCUGUCUUUUCUCUCUUUCGUGCGCUCUCUCUUUGCUCUCGCUGUCUCUUCUAUCUUUCUAUAAACCUGGCACCAACCUCGUACAACGUUUUUUCCUCCUUAGCUUCAGAUUUUUAUUUGUUCCUCUUUGUUAAAACUGUGAUGAAUUAUGUCUGAAACCUAGGAAUGGGUGCUGAGUGCUCCAUUAAAUGCAGAGCUAAUAUAAAGACAGCUUGCACAGCUUUUGUGAUUGAAUGGUGUGAUCAGAUCAAUCAUUAAAGCAUAAAGGCUUGUUCAUAAUAGAGACUGUUAUACACCAAGUAUUGAAUUUGAACUGAAGUACAUUGGACUGUACCUGAUUUAUAGCAUUUAUAUUUUGCACCGUUGUGGAUCCUUGGAUGGGAAGAACAGAAACUGUACAUAUUAGAUCUCUUAGCCAUAUCAUGUCAUCUAAUCUGUAGACCUCCUUGCCAUGUCUGACAGAGGAAAAUGACUGUUGAACUGUAAAUAGUGUAGGUAUAGUAAUAUAGGAUAUAACUGCUGUUUCUUCUCUCCAGGGAUCGCCCAUGUUUUGCUCAGUCCCAUGGCUGCUUGGUCUCAGAGGGAAGGACGAGACAAUAAUGUAUUUGUCUAUAAAAUACACACAAGUUCUUUUUUUUAUUUCAAUGUAUGUUUUAUAAACUGUCUGUCUUGUAA